AAAUAAAACAAUUUAUUUAAAUAAAGAUCAUUAGUACUCUUCCCAUUUGAUCGAUUAUAAUUGUCAUAUUUUAACAAAGAAGCAUCGAAGAGAGGUCCUAUCUUUUCAUCUCGUUGAGCAAUGGAUUCAAUCAAGUCUUUCAAGGGCUAUGGCAAAGUAGACGAGGCUGAAGAACGAGCUUUCAAGCGAAAGACACGAAGGCGUCUCAUCAUCCUCGUCAUCUCCAUUAUCGUGCUGUUAGCUGUUAUCAUUGGCGCAGUUGCGGGUACUUUGAUACAUAAGAGAAACAACUCGUCUCCCGAUACUGCAUCCCCAACCGAGCUUACUCCAGCAGCUUCAUUGAAGGCGGUUUGCGAAGUGACUCAGUACCCAUCUUCCUGCUUCUCCAGCAUAUCCUCUAUUGCAUCGUCGAACGCAAAUGACCCAAAGAUCCUCUUCAAGCUGUCUUUGAAAGUAGCUAUCGACGAGCUCUCUGGGUUGUCACAGUAUCCCAAGAAGUUACAAGCUGAAACCAAUAACAGCCAAGUGAAACACGCUCUAGAUGUAUGUGGAACCGUGUUUGAUGACGCGUUGGAUCGACUCAAUGACUCGGCAACUUCCCUCGAAGUUGGGGAAGGAGAGAGCUUGUUGUCGGAUUCCAAGAUCGAUGACUUGAAGACAUGGUUAAGCACAGUCAUAACUGAUCAAGAAACAUGUUUAGACGCCCUGGAGGAACUGAACACCACAAAGAACUUCAACGCCACACUGUUCGAAGAACUGAAAGCCGCCAUGCAGAACUCAAGUGAGUAUGCCAGCAACAGUUUGGCCAUCGCUGCUAAAUUCUUGGGUUUGUUGACCAAUUUCCGUAUCCCGAUUCACCGGAGGUUGCUUGGGUUCCAAAAAGCUGCACCUUCAGAGUUCCCAGCUUGGGUUAGUCCCACUGAAAGGAGACUGUUGCAGGAGUCCAAGCCUACCCCAAAUGUAAUUGUGGCUAAAGACGGUUCCGGCCAUUUCAAGACGAUUAACGAGGCGGUGCAAUUGGUGGGAAAGAAGAACCAAUCGAGAUUCGUGAUCUAUGUGAAGGAAGGCAAGUAUGUUGAGAAUGUGAAUCUCGAUAAACACAAGUGGAAUGUCAUGAUUUACGGUGAUGGCAAAACUAAGACUACAAUUUCCGGUAGCCGCAACUUUGUUGAUGGAACUGCCACCUUUGAUACAGCAACUUUCACUGUGGCAGGAAGGGGAUUCAUUGCAAAGGAUAUAAAGUUCGAAAACACAGCAGGUGCAGCGAAGCACCAAGCAGUGGCUAUGCGGUCCGGUUCCGACCGCUCGGUAUUCUACAGCUGUGCAUUCGAUGCCUACCAGGACACUCUCUAUGCUCAUUCCAAUCGUCAGUUUUAUAGAGAAUGUGACAUUUUGGGUACAAUUGACUUCAUUUUUGGGAAUGCAGCUGUUGUCUUCCAAAACUGCAACAUCCAGCCCAGGCAGCCUUUGCCUAACCAGUUCAACACCAUCACAGCUCAAGGCAAAAAAGACCCUAACCAAAACACUGGCAUCUCAAUUCAGAAGUGUACAAUAACUCCAUUUGGCAACCUUACUGCCAAUACUUACCUCGGCAGGCCCUGGAAAGAAUUCUCCACCACUGUUAUUAUGCAGUCCAACAUUGGGGCGUUCUUGAACCCUGUGGGCUGGAGAGAAUGGGUCACUAAUGUUGAUCCACCCAGCACAAUUUUCUAUGCAGAAUAUCAAAACACUGGACCUGGAUCAACCGUGGAUCAAAGGGUGAAAUGGGCUGGUUAUAGGUCCUCUCUCACAGAAGCUGAUGCUGGAAAGUUCACGGUGGCUAACUUUAUACAAGGUCAAGAUUGGCUGCCUGCUGCCACUGUAGCGUAUGAACCUGCUUUCUGAUUUUCAUAAUGAUUCAAGGGUAGGGUUGUGAAAAGGUCGAAGAUCAAAUAUUAAGAUGUUGUUUUUAUUUACCCUUUUUUUGACAUUAAAAUUGCUCUGUAAGACCGAUAUAUUAUAUGUAUAACUCAAAUGACACGAAGAGGAGGUUUACAUACCAUAAA